AUGGCCGGCGGCCUGCCAGGGCUCCCGCCCGACAAGACCGACGACGGGCCGGCCCCCGCGCAACUGCUGGCCGGCCCGGCGACCGAGACGCGGCCGACGAGCUCCAACGCGUCCCGCGAUGACGCCAAGGACGCCGGCGACGCGCCGGCGCUGCCCCUGUCCAAGGCGCGCUGCAUCGCCCUCGUCGCCACCGUCACGGGCGCCGCCUUUCUCAACACCCUUUCCAUCCAGAGCGUCGUCAUCAUCCUCCCCGCCAUCGGCCGCGACCUCGCCGUCCCCGACAGCCGCCAGCAGUGGAUCGUCUCGUCCUACUCGCUCGCCUUUGGCUGCUUCCUGCUCUUCUGGGGCCGCGUCGCCGACAUCUACGGCAAGCGCCUCAUCUUCGUCCUCGGCUCCGUCUGGGUCACUGUCCUGGCCGCCGCCAACCCCUUCAUGCCCCACGAGGUUGCCUUUGACCUGUUUCGCGGCCUGCAUGGGCUGGGCGCCGCGGCCAACGUCCCGACGGCCAUCGGCAUCCUCGGCGUCACCUUUCCCCCGGGCAAGGCCAAGAACUACGCCUUCAGCACGUACGCCGCCGGAGCCCCCCUCGGCAAUGUCUUUGGCAACCUCUUCUCCGGCCUCAUCGCCGAGUACUCGAGCUGGAGAUGGGUCUUUGGCGCCUCGGCCGUCUUGGCGGGCGUCAUUGCCGUCGCCGGCGUCGUCUUCAUCCCGUCCUCGACGGAGCUCGACGAGGCCAGGCCUGCCGCCGCCGCCGAGGAGGCUCCCAUGGUGCAGGCUGCUACCACGACUUGCGGCGCCGAGACGCGGCGGACCGGAGACGCGGUCCCCGUCAGCAGCAGCUGCGCCGACGACGCCUCGCCACGGGGGCCCCGAAACCCGUCGCCGCCGCCGUCCAUCGACUGGAUCGGCGCCGGCCUCAUCACCACCGGCCUCGUCGCCCUCAUGUUCGCCCUCACCGAGGGCAGCGCGGCCGGCUGGAGCACGCCCUGGGUCCCCGCCACCAUUGCCGCCUCGCUGCUCGUCAUCGCCGGCUUCGUGCUGUGGCAGCGCCAUCUCGAGCGCCUCGACCGGCGAGGCGGCCGCCGUCGCCACCGCCUCCUCGGCCCGCCGCCCCUCAUGAAGGUGUCCAUGUUCGGCAACGCGCGCUUCAGCGCCGUCAUGGUCAUCAUGGGCCUCUUCUUCGCCUCCUUCAACAGCUUCCUCGUCUACGCCACCUACUUCUUCCAGGACUUCCAGGGCCUCUCGCCGCUGCAGACCAUGCUGCGCUUCGUCCCCGCCGGCGCCACGGGCGCCGUCAUCGCCCUCGUCGUCGCCCAGCUGCUCGGCCGCGUCCCCACCCUGUUCAUCCUCGUCUGCGGCAACCUCGCCGUCGCCGCCGCCUCCCUGCUCUUCGCCCUGCCCAUCCCCCCGUCCACGUCCUACUUCGCCUUCGGCCUGCCCGCCAUGAUGCUCUCCGUCCUCGGCGCCGACACCACCUGGCCCUGCCUGACCCUCUUCACCUCGCAGGCCCUGCCGCGCGAGGACCAGGCCGUCGGCGGCGCCCUCAUCAACGCCGUCGGCCAGUUCGGCCGCGCCAUCGGCCUCGCCGUCAGCACCGCCGUCCAGACGGCCGUCGUCGCCCGCGCCCGCGGCGUCCCCGUCGGCGAGGCCGACGGGGUCCGCCCCUGGGAGCCCGAGUCGCUCCGCGGCCUCCGCGCCGCCAACUGGGUCAACUUUGCCUACGGCAUGGCCUCGCUCGCCGUCGUCCUCGUCGCCUUCCGCAGCAUGGACGUUGUCGGCAGGACCAGGCCCCUGCCCCUGGCGAGGUCCGGCGUCCGGCAGGGCGACGCGAGGCAGGACAAGGGAGCGAGGCCGGACGUGGGGACCAGAGUCUGA